GCACGUGGCAGCUCCGGGGCCAGCAGCGUUGGCGCAGGACGGAGGCCGGGCCGGAGGCGGAGCGGCUGUGCUGGGCAGCGGGGGCAGAUGCCUGGCCUUGACCAUGCCUGGCAACCACAUGACACCAACUUUCCACGUAGGACGCCACUCCUGGGGGCUCCAGGAAGAGUAAGGAGCUUCACGGACAGAAACCAGCCCUGACUCUCUCCCCAGCUCCCUGUCAUGCUGAUGCCCGGAGUUCCCAUGGCCUCGCUGAACCGAGCCCUGUGUGUGGCGGCCACACGCCCUCGCUGGAGCCCUGCCUGCAGCCUGGGGCUGCGCCCCCUGACCAGCGGGGCUGUCCCCACAACCGAGAAGAGUGUGCCAUACCAGCGGACCCUGAAACAGGCUCAGGUGGCCCAAGGCCCCACCCGGCCCCUGCCCAGCACGGCCAACGUGGUGGUCAUCGGUGGGGGCAGCUUGGGUUGCCAGACCCUGUACCACCUGGCCAAGCUGGGCGUGAGCGGGGCAGUGCUGCUGGAGCGGGAGCGACUGACCUCCGGGACCACCUGGCACACAGCGGGCCUUCUGUGGCAGCUGCGGCCCAGCGACGUGGAGGUGGAGCUUCUGGCCCACACGAGGCGCGUGGUGAGCCGUGACCUGGAGGAGGAGACGGGGCUGCAUACGGGCUGGAUCCAGAAUGGGGGCCUGUUCAUCGCGUCCAGUCGGCAGCGUCUGGAUGAGUACAAGAGGCUCAUGUCGUUGGGCAAGGCCUACGGCGUGGAGUCCCACGUGCUGAGCCCGGCGGAGACCAAGGCACUGUAUCCGCUGAUGAAUGUGGACGACCUCUACGGGACGCUGUACGUGCCACAGGAUGGCACCAUGGACCCCGCGGGCACCUGUACCACUCUCGCCAGGGCCGCCACUGCCCGGGGAGCACAGGUCAUCGAGAACUGCCCAGUGACCGGCAUCCGUGUGCGGACAGAUGACUUCGGGGUGCGGCGGGUGGCAGCUGUGGAGACAGAGCACGGCUCCAUCCAGACGCCCUGUGUGGUCAAUUGUGCAGGAGUGUGGGCGGGCGCUGUGGGCCGGAUGGCAGGAGUCAAGGUCCCGCUGGUGGCCAUGCACCAUGCCUAUGUCGUCACUGAGCGCAUUGAAGGGAUCCAGAACAUGCCCAACGUCCGCGACCACGACGCCUCCGUCUACCUCCGCCUCCAGGGGGACGCCUUGUCUGUGGGCGGCUAUGAGGCCAACCCCAUCUUCUGGGAGGAGGUGUCCGACAAGUUUGCCUUCAGCCUCUUUGACCUGGACUGGGACGUGUUCACCCAGCACAUCGAAGGCGCCAUCAACCGGGUCCCUGUGCUGGAGAAGACGGGGGUCAAGUCCACGGUCUGUGGCCCGGAGUCCUUCACGCCGGACCACAAGCCCCUGAUGGGGGAGGCGCCUGAACUCCGAGGAUUCUUCCUGGGCUGCGGCUUCAACAGUGCAGGAAUGAUGCUGGGCGGCGGCUGUGGGCAGGAGCUGGCCCACUGGAUCGUCCAUGGGCGCCCUGAGAAGGACAUGUAUGGCUACGACAUCAGGCGCUUCCAUCACUCGCUGACCGACCACCGCCGCUGGAUUCGCGAGCGCAGCCACGAGUCCUAUGCCAAGAAUUACUCUGUGGUCUUCCCCCACGAUGAGCCGCUGGCAGGGCGCAACAUGAGGAGAGACCCCCUGCACGAGGAGCUCCUUGCACGAGGCUGCGUGUUCCAGGAGCGGCACGGCUGGGAGCGGCCGGGAUGGUUUAACCCCGGAGGAGGCACAGCUCCGGUUCUCCCUUAUGACUACUACGGGGCUUACGGGCACGCGGCGCACGAGGACCACGCCUACGGCAGGCUGCUGCAAGACGAGUACACCUUCGACUUCCCGCCCCACCACGACGUAAUCAAGAAGGAGUGUCUGGCCUGCAGAGGGGCUGCUGCUGUGUUCAACAUGUCCUACUUCGGGAAGUUCUACCUGGUGGGCUUGGAUGCCAGGAGGGCCGCCGACUGGCUCUUCUCCGCUGAUGUCAGCCGACCCCCAGGCUCGACAGUGUACACCUGCAUGCUGAACCAGCGCGGCGGCACGGAAAGCGAUCUGACCGUCAGCCGCCUGGCCCCCGGCACCCAAGCCUCCGCCCUGGCCCCAGCCUUUGAAGGGGACGGCUACUAUCUGGCCGUGGGCGGGGCUGCAGCCCAGCACAACUGGUCCCACAUCAGCACGGUGCUGCAGGACCACAAGUUCCGGUGCCAGCUCGUCGACAGCUCCGAGGACCUGGGCAUGAUCAGCAUCCAGGGCCCAGCCAGCCGGGCCAUCCUCCAGGAGGUGCUGGAUGCAGAUCUGAGCAACGAGGCCUUCCCUUUCUCCACCCACAAGCUGGUGAGAGCUGCCGGGCACUUGGUCCGGGCCAUGAGGCUGUCCUUUGUGGGGGAGCUGGGCUGGGAGCUGCAUAUCCCAGGGCCGUCCUGCGUGCCCGUGUACCAGGCUGUGAUGGCAGCGGGGGCCAAGCAUGGCCUCGUCAACGCGGGAUACCGUGCCAUCGACUCCUUGAGCAUCGAGAAAGGCUACCGGCACUGGCACUCUGACCUGCGGCAGGACGACAGCCCCCUGGAGGCUGGCUUGGCCUUCACCUGCAAGCUCAAGUCGGCCAUCCCCUUCCUGGGGCGCGAGGCCCUGGAGAGGCAGCGGGCCGAGGGCCUGCGCCGGCGCCUGGUAUGCUUCACCGUGGACGAAAAAGUGCCCAUGUUCGGCCUGGAGGCCAUCUGGAGAAACGGCCAAGUGGUGGGCCACAUCCGAAGGGCCGACUUCGGGUUCGCCAUCGAUAAGACCCUCGCCUACGGCUACAUCCGGGACCCCAGCGGUGGGCCGGUCUCGCUGGACUUUGUGAAGAGUGGGGACUACGUCCUGGAGAGGAUGGGGGUGACCUACCCUGCCCGGGCUCACCUGAAAUCUCCCUUCGACCCCGACAACAAGCGGGUGAAGGGACUCUACUGACGGGGCCUGUGGGACAGGGCCUCAGCUGCUCAGGAGCCACCCCGUGCCGUGGAACCCACCAGCUGCACAGCCCUGGACCCCAGGACCUGGACCCCUGCCAGCACUUGGGUCCUCUCCGCCCUCAGUCCAGGCCUGCUGACCCCCCAGACAGAUAUGGACAGAGAGUGGAGAGAGGACCCAGUGGCCCGUCCUGUGAUCACUGACCAGAAGGGGGUCUCUAGGUGACCCCCAGCCCCCAGAAAACAAACCCAUCACGUCUUGGGCUCAGGGACCACAGCCUGCUGCCCUGGGCAGGUGCUCAGCGAGCCCUGGAGAAGCCGGCGCAGCCGGGAGGCAAGCUCUGCCCGUCUGGCUGCAGCGGCCCGGCCCCUGGAGGGCGCUGGGAUCCAGUCCUGGUUAGUGCUGUUGUCCCCGACCUCUCAGUUCUUCACGGCCUUCUGAGAUGGUGGGCGGAGCAGGGGGUGGGGGUCUCAGACCCUUCCAUCAGUGCCCUCCCUCACCCAUGCAGACGCUCCAUCGCCUGCCUUGGUUUCCCCGGGAGCCCCUUGCUCACUAGGCCUGGAGAGGAGGGAUGUGAGGCGAGGAAGAACCUGACGGGAUCCUCCUGCCUGGGUGGCCUUUGGCCCUGCCAUUUUCUUGGGACACAGCUCCUGUCUCGUCUCCCUGCUCUUCAGCCCCCAGGGGGAGGACCUUGCACAGGGCCUUGAGGGGGGUGACCACCUGCGCCCCUUCGCUGGGCCUUCAGAACUCCCUAACGUCUCUGGGUGAGCCUGCUCCCCGCCUGGGCUGGGUGUCCAUCAUGCCGCCCACGUGCCCAGGUCCCUUCCUCUUCACCUUGCCCCCACCCCCAGCUCCCGUCAGCAGGAUUUCUCUGCCCACUGGGCAGCCCAAGGACCAGGCCGCCCCCACAAAGCUGCACCACAUGGUUGUACCCAGACAUGCCCAGCCCUCUGGGGAGCAGAGGGCAGCAGACACUCAGGGGACAGGGUUCCCACAAAUGCUUGCAAGAGGCGGUGGGGUGAUUGGGGUGCAGGCAAUCCUUGGGGGGCCCUGGCUGCUUCCAGAUGCUCACACCCUGUAGCCCUGCUGUGGACAGAGCUGGAACAGGUCAGACUAAUAAAGUUGAAGCCGUGGGAAG